AACAAAGGCAAGUGAAAGUGCAACGUGUUCAAUAAAUAGCAGCGCAUUUUGUUUAAUUUUCAUCAAGUCACGCGCAAAUAACACAAACCACAAUGGGCAGCAAUUCAUCCAAGGGAGUCGGAGUCGUUGAGAACGCUGCAGCGCCCGCGCUCAAGGCCACAGACGCAGCGUCCGCCGGCGGGGACAAGCCCAAAUGCAAAGCCUGCUGUGCCUGUCCCGAAACGAAGCGUGCACGUGAUCAAUGCAUUGUGGAAAACGGCGAGGAGAACUGCACAAAGCUCAUUGAGGCGCACAAGCAGUGCAUGCGCGAUGCUGGCUUCAAUAUCUAAAGCUGGACCUGGGCUGCUGGGCGGUGUGGUCGGAGUACUUAGAUUUAGGCGGCAGCCUUACGCCCUGCGUGGUCUCUCUCUUGUUUCGUUAUAUUCUCAAGCUAAUUAUAGUUAAUUUAAUGGAUAAACAUAAACCAAAAUUGUUGAUACCA